UUAACCAUGAACAAUAUUUUUUGGCAACUAAUGGAUAAGUGCGUCAUCGUGUACCUCGACGACAUCCUCGUCUACAGCACUACACGGGGGCAGCAUUUGAAGGAUUUGGAAGCAGUUUUCUCUCUCCUGCAGCAAAACCGACUCAUCACCAAAGGCUCUAAUUGCGAGUUUCUACAACACGAACUGGAGUUUUUGGGCCACCUCAUCUCCAUCGACGGUGUUAAAAUUGACCCCAAAAAGAUUGCGACGAUCCAAGAUUGGAAGCCGCCGGCUAACCUCCACGAACUUCAGAGUUUUCUGGGGUUUGUAAUUUACGUCUGUCGUUUCAUUCCGAACAUGGCGGGGGUAACUUCCCCUCUCAUGGAUCUCCUGAAGAAGGGCACGUUUUUUUAGUGGGGAGAGAGCAGCAGGCUGCAUUCGAAAAGCUCA